UUCUUUCGCGUAUUUUUUACCCAAAUACAAUAAUGUCGUUCAAAGUUGGCUCUUAUUUUGUACUUUUGUAUCCGAAAGCUUUUUUUUCGCUCUAAGUACUUUUCGUUUCGCAAUUUUUUAAGUCGGUUCGAAUUCGUUAAUCGUGUACUCGAUUCUCGGACCGUACAGUGUAUACGAGUUGAACGUAUUUCAACGGUGAAAUUUGCACAAGCACUGCAGUUACGAAUACUGUAAAAUCGCCCGGCUACAAAAUCAAUAAAGCUUGUGUUAACAUUCACCUUCAAACAAAAAAUUACCGACGAUUAUGUGAUACAUGGUUUUUUUUUCAACUAUAGUCGUAAAUACACGAUGGAAAAUUAUUAACUUUAGAGGAUGGAAACAUGGUUGAAGUUAUCGAUAUGGGUUGCCGUUUACGGAUUCCUCAAAGAUUGCCAGCCUUUGGACUCGUACAUCACCCAGUAUUUAGUCAAUCCGCCGUUAAACUUCACCACCGAAGAAGUUUAUCAAGAAAUAUACCCUGUAGCGACAUAUAUAUCCUUAGUGGAACUGAUAUUCGUCUUUCUACUGACAGACUGGCUGCGGUAUCGACCUGUGAUAUUUGUUAACGCUGUUAGCUAUAUCGGUAUGAUGGUGAUGCUGAUCUGGUUUAGGACUUCUGCGGCGAUGAAGGUGAUGGAAUUAUGUUUCGGUACGAUGAUGUCGACCGAAGUGGCGUAUUAUACUUAUAUUUAUACCAAAGUUGGAAAAGAACAUUACCACGCAGUUACCAGUUACUUGAGAACGUCGUCUUUAUUGGGACGAUGCUUCGGGUGCAUCUUUGGACAAAUUUUAUACGUCAAGAAUAUAUUAAACAUGUUACAAUUAUGCUACAUACAACUUUUUGGCGCAGUCGUGACAUUUAUUUGGGCAUUCCUAUUACCGCCUGUGAAAACUAGUCUUUAUUUUUAUAGAUAUGAUAAUACAAUUUUAGACAAAGCCGAGGGUAAACCGGUAGUGGUCAGCAACGGUGAUGUGAACAAUGCGGAAAAUGGUUAUUCGCCUGCAUUGAAGAAAGUUUCCAAGGUACCGUGUAGUUUGGUGGUAAAAAGACUGUGGAGUGAAUUCAAACACGUCUACACGAAUUCGUACACUUUGAAGUGGUCCAUUUGGUACGCUUUAUUCCAAGCUGGAUUCCAUCACGAGGGUACCUAUUCGCAAACACUCUGGAUACACAUUGAUAAAGAAAAUCCAGAAGAGCAAAUGUUACCAUAUACUGGCGUUGUUGAGAGCAUUUAUACGAUAUUUGGUGCUCUGUUAGCGCUAGCUUCCGGAUACGUGGUAAUGAAAGGCGACAUUGGCAGCGAAAUCUUGAUGUUUUUGAGCCCAGUUGUGCAAGGUCUAAUGUGCAUAUGGGCUGCGCAAACAGAAUCCAUGUGGCAGGCAUAUUGCAGUCAUAUUCUGUUCGCUGGCGUUUAUUACUUUGCAGUGUCAAUUGCCUACUCUGAAAUAGCAACAAACAUUCCAAGCGAUUGUUUCGCCUUAGUGUUUGGCAUCAAUACGUUCAUUUCAUUGGUCAUUCAGUCAUUCCUGACAGCUACGUUUAAUGCCAAAGGUGGCUUCGAAUUGAACUGUCGGACCCAGUUCGUUACACUGGGAAGUUUUUUCUUUUUACUGGGGUUUGUGUUCCUGUUGAAAUGUAUAUACUCAUGCAUACGACAUGCCGAGAAGACGUCGAUACAAAAAACAACAACUGUUUCGAAAUAAUUUUGACAUAAUUUUUUUUUUUUUUUUUUUUUUUAAUAUUUUUAAGAAACCUCGAAUUGUGAUAAUAGAUAUAAUUUUUUUCUUCAUUAUUUUUUCCCUUUAUGUAGGGAGACAUAUACGUACGUAUUACGUCACGCCCGGUAGAUUUAUCUCCUCGAGGUGUUUGCCCUUUUUUAAUUUGGUAUUUUAUGGUGAACAUUUUCCGCAAACUGAUGGGAAAGGGUUGAUUUCAACAUUGUGUUCGAAUACGAUUGCGAUGUUGAUGUUGAGGAGUAAAAAAAUCAAAAUAAUGAUAAUUGAUCAUCAUCGACGUGAUCUGCUGAUAAGACUAUAAUAAUAAUUUCGCGAGGCAAUUACACAAUUUUAAGGGUAUAUGACUGAUGUAUACUUAUAUUCUGACGAGAGAGAAGUUGAAAAGUGUAUAUAAAUGAGGGCUUAUUGAAAGAUAUUUUUUUUUUCGAAAUAAAAUACUCGUAUAGAUUUGGUCGAUUUUAAUACCGAAAUUGAGUACAAAUCGGAGCAGGAUUCCAUCGCAAUUUUACAAUAAGGUAUUGAAUCAAUUUUUACAUAACGAUGUAAACAGCUGUUUAUGAAAUUAGUUAUUUGAAAAUUUAUUGUAAUGAUGUUUUAUACCUUUUCAUUGACUCUUUUAAAUAGACCCAUAUUUUUUACCAUAAUGGAUAUGUUUAUUUUGAGGAAUUAUCAAGUACUCGUAUAAAUGAACGACGAUAUAAUAGGUACCUACUCGAAACAAAUUACAAUACUUUUUAGCAAACGAGACGAGGACAACGAUGCUUGAUGGGACAGAAAAAGAUGAAAAUUUAUGAAAUGGAUGAAGACGAGAGUUGCAUGAUUAGAAACGAAAACAUGGAAAGAGGGUAAUAAACUUAUGGGUCCAACUAUAUAAUACAGGUCCAAAUUUAAAAUCACCUCAUAAGAAGUAAGUAUUCUUUACUGAGGUAAUGGUGGCUGCCAUUGCUUUAUGCUUUUUAUGUUGUCAACAUGCGCAAAACCCUUUUUGAAGAGCUUUUCAGGCUAACGUGCAACAAAAAGCUUCGAUUCAUUUAACAUUAGGUAAGCUAUAUACUCAGAGGAGGGAGGGGAAAAGAGUGUUCUGGCACGUAAAGUCAAAAAUAAAUCAAGAUUCCACAAGAAGUGAGGAAAAGAUUACCUACUUUUAAUCCUGAAAUUACCAUAAAAUGAAAGCUUGACCUCAAAAUUUGUAAAAAGAAAAAAAAGACAUUUAAGACAUUUUGGUCUAAUUAAUGCAAUAAAAAUUUAAUCAGAAUUUUACAAAAAAAAUGACCCAAAAAUUUGAUUUUUUUAAAAAAGUCACAAACUGACACAGAUCUUGAAAAAAGCCAUAUCAUUUUGGCCCAAUUAAUGUCAAAAUAAGUCAACAAUUUGGAUCAAAAGUGAUAAAUAAAUAAAUCAGGAUUUUACAAGAAAAAUGACCCUAAAAUUUGAUUUUUUUUUAAAAGUCACAAACUGACACAGAUCUUGAAAAAAAGCCACAUCAUUUUGGCCCAAUUAAUGUCAAAAUAAGUCAACAAUUUGGAUCAAAAGUGAUAAAUAAAUAAAUCAGGGUUUUACAAGAAAAAUGACCUCAAAAUUUGAUUUUUUUUUAAAAAGUCACAAACUGACAGAUCUUGAAAAAAGCCACAUCAUUUUGGCCCAAUUAAUGUCAAAAUAAGUCAACAAUUUGGAUCAAAAAUGAUAAAUAAAUAAAUCAGGAUUUUACAAAAAAAAUGACCCCGAAAUUUAAUUUUUUUAAAAAGUCACAAACUGACACAGAUCUUGAAAAAAAACCACAUCAUUUUGGCCCAAUUAAUGUCAAAAUAAGUCAAAAUUUUGGAUCAAAAGUGGUAAAUAAAUAAACAGUUCAUUAAAAAAAUUUACUAAGAAUCUAAAAAUGUAUUGUAGUUUAAAAAUUGUCAUAAAAUGGAAGUUUCGACUCGAAACUUCUAAGAAAAAGUGUAAAAAAUUGACACGAAAGUUCAAAAAUGCAUCCUUUCGGUCUGCACGAUAAUGUCAAAAUAAGUCAAAAAAUUGUGUGAAAAAGUCAUAAAUGACUCAAAAAAUAUUGUUUUAAUUUUAAAAUCUUCAUAAAAUAGAAGCUUUGACUCAAAAUUUGUAAAAAAAAAAAAAAAAAAAAAAAACGCCAUAAAUUGACCCAAAAGUUUGAAAAUAUGUGAUUUUUGGUCCAAGAAAAAUGUCAAAAUGAGUCAAAAAUUUGUUUGAAAAGUCAUUACUAAUAGUAAAUCAAAAUAAUACACAAAAAAAAGUAAAAAAAUUAUGAGCAGUGGCCCUGGAUUUGUAUUUUUUUUUUUUGACAUGAAAAUUCGAAAAUACACAAAGUAUUUUGAUCUAAACAAUAAUGUCAAAAUGAGUCAAAAAUGUGUCCAAAAAGUAAUAAAUGAAUCAAAAUUUCACAAAAAAAAAUUAUGAAAAUAAAAAAUUAAUUUUAAUUCAAAAAUCUUCAUAAAAUGAAAUCUUUAGCUCAAAAUUUUCAACAAAAAAAAGUCAUCUAUGGACAUAGAAGUUGACAAAAAAUCAUUUUGGUUUGGGUAAUGCCAAAAAAAAAUCCAAGAACUUUAUUCAAAAGUCAUACAAAGAAAAAUCAUCAAAAAAAUCGAUUUGAGUAAAUCUAAAAAUUAUAAUGAAAUGAAAACUUUCACUGAAAAUUUGUGAAAAAGAUUUCACAAUUUGGCACAAAAUAUGAAAAAGUUUACUAUUUUGAUUCAAAUAAAGUCAAAAUGAGUCAAGAUUUUGACUCUAUGGUCACAAAAAAAAGCGUAAUUGGUCAUCAAAAUCCAAACAUUUGAAAAAAUUAUGACUGAUGCACAUUUUCAUCUCAUUUGCAUUAAAAAAAGUUUCAAAAAGGGAUCUCAAUAGGGAGGAGAGGGCACCAAAGCCCCCAAUAUGGAUCAAAACAUGAAAAAAUUUCAAAAAUGAAGUGACAUAUCGACUGCUACUAAUUUGAGGGCGUAGAGUUCGAAUAUUGGCUUAUUUUUUUGAUCCGACCUCUCAUGAUCCCCCCUCGCCCCUACUAGUGUCCUUGAAAAUGAUGAAAGUACUAAAAAAAUUAGAAAUUAUGUAUGAUCCGUUGUUUGAUACUUUUUCAAGAAUUCUGAGUUCAAAUAUUCGCCUGUUUUUUGCAUAAGGGUCCUCGAUUUCCCUUUAGCCCCCCCCCCAAAUUUGUGAAAAAUCGAAAAAUCAUAAAAAUAUGCUGUGACAUAUCAAUUCUUAUUAAUUCGAGGUCGCUGAAUUCGAAUAUCUGUUUAUUUUUUAGAUUAGACCUCUCGUUCCCUCCCCUCCCCUCCCUUCCCCCCAAUUUUGGCCAAUUCAGAGUCUCAUUUCUUUCAAAAAGAAGGGUAAUGAUACUUCAAAGUUUGAAAGUUUCACUAGAAAUCACCAGUCACCUUCCUUUCUCACCUUUUGAAGUAUUGGGAUGAAAAUAAGCUAGUUUUCAUAGCACAGCUCCUGACAAAGCUUUUUUAGAAAAUGUUUGCGCAAAAUAACUAGCAAUUUGCGACUUUAGUUAGAUCCUUAGCAUCGUCUAAGCAUCUCAAAACCUCCUCCUCCCUCUACAAACGAACAAAAAGGUUCGUUUUUGAACCCCUUCGAGUAAGUUGUGCGCUCAUCUAAUUAAAGAAAAGAAUAACUGGCUUGCAAUUGUGUUAAAAUAUUCCAAUUUUUUGUACAUUUAUUUUAUUUUUUUUAUUCGAUAACCUUAGACUGUACAAAAAAUUUCAAAAGCUUAGAGACUAGAUAACUCUAAAACCUGAUGUACAAAUCUAAUCGUGCUUUUUCUCCAACAUAUGACUCCAAAUACAUAUAACAAACAAAUUUGUAUGCAUUUAAGCGACAUUCUGUACAAGGCUGCGCUAUAUAGAUUCAAAAUUUGGGGUCUAUCGUUCUAUUAAGAAAAAAAACAAAAACCUGUGAUUUAAUUUUCACAUUCUUCGUAAUGUAUCUAAAUCGUGUUUCGUUGUGAUUCGUUAUAAAAAUAAUUAAGUAUAGUACAUAAGCGGUGCGCUCUACCUAAACCUAUAUACUUAUUGCUUAUAGCAGCGAUUUUGUUGGCAAUAUUACAUCUUAUAUGUCGGUUAACCUUUUUAAUAUUAUUAUGUUUUUUUUUUUCUAUAAUCAUUAUUAAGUAUAUAUUCUCUAUUUCUGUGACGUAUAAGUAUAAAGCGGCUCCAAGCCGAGUAAUUUUUUAAAAAUUUAUGUCAAAUAUUUAUGUGAUUACGAAUUAAUAUUUUACGCAAGGGUUUCUUCCUUCGUCGUUGUUUUUUUUGUGUGUUUUCUUUAUAUUUUUUACGGUAUAUGUCGUGUUUUUUUUUUCAAAAUAUAGGUUUAAGAAAUACGAGUAAUAAGUACGCGAUGUGUUUUUAUUCUUACGAAUUUUCAAUCGUCGAGUCUUUUUUAAUACUAUACUCCUCGUUUGUAUUUUUUUUAAAUUUUUUGUUUCAAAAUAGUACGAAAGCUGGGGGCUUUCUUAAGAGACUGGAGUUUGUAUUUAGGAGAUGAGAAUGUUGAUUUUAAAUAAAUAGGCGUUUUAAAUUCGUGUACAGUUUAAUAAUAUUAAUUACGAUUACGAACCAAAGAUGUACUAUAUUUUUGACUACGAUAUUACUGUAAUACUGUACUAUGCUAUAUUAUGUGAUAUGCGAGUAGUAUAUAGUGUUAUAGGCCACAAAAAUGGAAUAAUUUUGUAAUAUUAUAUCUCGAAUAAUUAAUAUUUUUAAUAACUCGGUAUGAGAGAUCGAAUUUUACAUAUCUACAGUCGAAGUAAAUUUUAUGCAAUUUUUUCUAAUAAACGAAUGGAACACCUGAUUGGUUGUAUAGGAUUCGAGAUAUCACCAAUUUCAUGUUGUGAGCCUAAAAAUAAUGUAAUACCAUUUUAUGCUUUAUACGUUAUUUAUAUUGCACUAGAGUUAUAUGUUUUAGUUACCAUUGUAAUUUCUUUUUUCAAACGUUGCACAUUCAUAGUGAUUCAGGAAUGAUUUUUGGGUGAAUGAAAAAUCAAAAAAUUGAGAUGAAAAUAAAUAAAUUCCUAUGAUAGCCUGCCCUUUUUUUACGUCGAGACAUAAAUAAUAUCUACUUAAAGUGUAGUUAUUUUGCAAACUUGGAAUUUUCCACACCCUCCCCCCCUAGCCCACUAGCGUUGUUACCUCGGGUGAGAAAAUAUACAUUAUUCUUUAUUUUUUUCCUAAUGGAAAAAAGUGGUGCCGGUAGCCCGCCCCCCCCCACUUGAAAAAAAUGAUAAAAAAAUCAAUUUAUCAAAAUUAUUUGUUUCUGCGUUAAAAUUUUUCUAAAUAUUUCUUUCUUCAAGAAAAAACUUUCUCUGGCCCUUCAAACUACAUAUAUCACCCCCCCCCCCAAGUAAGGAGCCCCUCAAAGUAGCAAAGAUCACAACAAAAUGAGAAUAAAUCAAAAUCAGAGGAAAUUUUUUUAAAACAUCACAUUUCCACAUUAGAAUUGUUCUAGAAACCUCCCUUUUUCAAGAAAAAAAACUUCAUAGGACCCCCAAAUAAUCUUUGGCUCUCUUCUAUGAAGCCUCCCAAAUUUGGAAAAAAUAAAAAAAUUAGAAAAUUGAUGUCUAAGUAAACAUUUUUUAAUGGCCACUGGCCAGAAUCUCUGAAUAAGCACAUUUUAAAGACAAACCCUCCCUUGGUCCUCCAAAUGAUGUUGGUCCCAUUGUAUAAAGCUCCCAAAAUUGAAAAAUAUCAACAAAAAUGUAAAAUUGAUGUCUGCAGGCACAAAUUAUUUGAAAAUUUUUCAUCUCUGAGCAAAAUAAUUCUGAACCGGUCUUUUUUCACUUCUUUUUUAGGGACAAACUAAUUCUCGAAAGUUGUGAGUACAUAAUUUUUUGAAUCCCCCUCCCCCUAACAACCAAAAAGAAUUGAUUUUCGCCUCUUCAGUUCAAAAACUCCUCUUCUCAUUCAAAAAGUCCGAUUUUUGCUUAAAAAGUCCUUUGUUGUUCAAAAAGUCUCUUCUCGUUCAAAAAGUCCUUUUUUGUUCAAAAACUUCUCUUCUUGUUCAAAAAGUCCUCUAUUGUUCAAAAACGCCUCUUCUCGUUCAAAAAGUCCUUUUUUGUUCAAAAACACCUUUUCUCAUUCAAAAAGUCCUAUUUUUGUUUAAGGUCCUUUUUUGUUCAAAAACACCCAUUUUUAUUCAAAAAGCCCUAUUUUUUCUUCAAAAAGUCCUAUUUUUGUUCAAAAAGUCCAGUAUUUUUGUUCAAAAAGUCCAGUAUGUUUGAUCAAAAAGUCCUAUGUUUGUUCAAAAAGUCCUUUUUUGUUCAAAAAGUCCUUUUUUGUUCAAAAAUCAUUUAUUGUUCAAAAAGUCCUUUUUUGUUCAAAAAUCAUUUAUUGUUCAAAAAGUCCUUUUUCGUUCAAAUAGUCCUUUUUUGUUCAGAAUGUUCUUUUUUGUUCAGAAAGUCCUUUUUGGUUCAAAAACGCCUCUUCUCGUUCAAAAAGUCAUAUUUCUGUUCAAAAAGUCCUAUGUUUGUUCAAAAAGUCCUAUGUUUGUUCAAAAAGUCCUUUUUUGUUCAAAAAUCCUUUUUUGUUCAAGAAAUCCUUUUUUGCUCAAAAGCUCCUUUUUUGUUCAAAAAGUCCCCUUUUUGCUCUAUAAGUCCUGUUUUUUGCCCAACUUGCUUAUAAGGUCCUGUUUUUUUCUAUCUUUGCCCAGGUCAAAAAGUGUCAAAAAGCAUCAAUUUUUGAAAAAAUAGUCAAGAAGUGUCCAUUUUUGUCAAAAUUAUCAAACAAUCUUGCGCUUGCCAUGAUUGCCCAAAAAACCACAGCUUUUUGCAAAAUGUUCAAAAAAAUUCCUUUUUGGGGAGUAGACAAAAAAUUUGUUAUGUUUUCACUUCAAUAUUCUCAGGAUGUAAUUUUUUGAUGAAAUUAUCGAACGGUCGUAAUUAUUUUCAAAAUUGACCAGAAAUUUGUGCUUUCAUGUCAAAACGUCCAAAAAUCAUGGACUUUUGUCUUGCCUCUCAGAAAAGUCCUCUUUUCAUUCCAAUGUUUGUCAAACAAAGUCCAGUUUUUUUUUUACAAAAUUGCUCAACACGCUUCUUUUUUGUCAAAUUUUGUCCACCGCCCCUCCCCCCAAACCUUUCAAUUUUUUUCAGUUUUUAUGACAAUUUUUUGAUAUUAUUGAAAUUUUUGGGGGCAUUUUGGCUUUUUGGGGACACUGCGUGUUCGCAAGAUGCCUUACGAAAAAAAAACCCUCCGUAUAAUCAACAUCGUGAUUGAAGGAAGUACUUGAAAGAGAGGAGAGAGGUCAUGUACAUUUUUAGGUUAAAUCAAAGCAGCCUAUAUUAUGAACAAAAAAAUAACAAUGAGGGAGAGGGGGGCUGGUGAUUUUAUUGAAAUUCAAAAUAAUGUCAAGUGACGUAUCGUUUGUUUAGUUUGUAUAGGUGCCAAGUUCGAAUUCCGUCUUGGUUUUUUGAUUAGACGCUCCCAACCCCUUCCCCCAAAGGCACUUCAAUUUGGUCCAAAAAUGAAAAAAUUGAAAUAUCGUGUGACAUAUCGUUUGUUGGGUUUUCGAGGGCGUAGAGUCCGAAUUUCACUUUAUUUUUGUGAUUUGGCCCUUCCAGUCCUUUUUACAAGCACUUCGACUUGGUCUGAAAAUUAAAAAAAAUUGUAAUGUCGUAUGACAUAUCGUCUGUUAGAUUUUUGUGGUCGCUGAAUUCAAAUAUCAAUUUGGUUUUUGGAUUAUACCCUCCCAAUUCUAGCAUAGGCAUCCAAAUUGGCUUCCAAGAUGAAAAAAAGUAACAAUAUUGUAACUAUUCUAAUUUAUAGUAAAAAAAAAUAGGUACCGAGCAUGUAUGGAAAUAAAUCGAGACAUUUGAGAUCUCAAUGACUCGUCAAACGUCAAUUGUGUUCAAAACACAUUUAUGUGUAAAUUAGAGCUCUCCCCUGUAAUCCUCAAGCUAGUCAUGGGGUUGAUAUAGGGGGCUAAAAUUGUUAUAUAAAUUAAUUUUAUCCAAGUAUGGACUUGACUAAGCUGUUGGAACUAGAAAGUGAACAAUUUUAAAGAUUCUGUCUAAUACUUUGAUGAUUUUUUCAUGCUAUUUUUGUAAAAUUGACCGGGGGGGCUCACCUGCACCACUUAUUUCUCAUCAAGGGGCUGAAAAUCUCAUGGCGUGAUUUUCUCACCCGAGGUAUCAAUUUUAGGGGAUGGGAGCGAAAAAAAAACGAAAAAAAAAAUCCAGCAUAAAUACUCGUAGGUACAAUCUAAUAAAUAAUGCCUUCUUGGAGCUAAAUAGGCAACUUAAUUAACUCUCGAAUACAUCCGAAUCGACUGAAGUACCUCUACCUUUUAUCAAUGUUCGAAAUCGGCUGAUUUAAACAGCCGUGUACACCAUAAAUUGCUUACUUACGAGUACCCUCACGAAGGACCCAGCAGCAUCCCUGAAUCACGUGUUUCUUUCUUUAUAAUAAGUGGUAUUCUAUUAGUGAUGUUGACGAUUAUUAUUAUACAAUUUCUUAAGUUACGUAUGUAGUUGUUAAAGAAAAAAACAAAUCUUUAUUGUAACAAUUUUUUUUCUCUUAUGUAUUUUUUUCUCUUAUAUUUUUUUUUUUACAGCAAGAACUUUCUUUAUGUAAUGAAUAAAAAUAAACGAUAUUAUUUCGAUUUUUGCGAACGCAAGUUUCGAAACCGUA